AUGCAAUUUUUACUAAACCUUCAAAAUAAAAAUUACGGAACAUUUAAUUAUAACGAUCCGAAUAAAUCCUCUCAUACAUCAAGAGUUAAUCUUGAAUCAAAUGAUAGAAAUGUCGUAGAAAUAUCUAGCCAACCUUUUCAUCAAAGAUUCCCAUCUACCAUAAUAAUUAAAAAUGUUGGUAGUAUGGCAAGGGAUCAAUUUUCAAUUCAAAGAACAUGCUUGAGUUUUAUCAAAUUCGGAAUCGCUUUAUUUUUAGUAGGAAUAUCAUUUUUAAUACAUAUUUAUCAUAUAGAUAAUGGUGAUGAUGUUGAUGAAAAUCCAAAUUCUGGCAACGAAUUAUUUAAUUUAUCAAUUUCAUUUUUUCCAUCAGAAGAAAUAAUACAUAAUAUAAUUGGAUUGACGUUUAUAAGUUUAGGAGAAGAAUUCGGCAAAACUAUAGAGUACACGUUUGAAAACUCUGAUGGCUUGAACAAGUUGAAAUUUUAUUACAACAUGAAUGCAGCGGAUGCCGAAAAAGGAAAAGUUGGCUUAGCUUUAAGAGUUUUUUCGCCUUGUCAUUCAAAUAUAAUUAUCCGAAGAAUGGAUAAAAUUGCCAAUCUUUUAAAUAGUCAUGCUGGAUUGGGUAUCAUGGGAGCCAUUCUUGUGUGGUUAUUUGGAUCCGGCAGUUUAGAUUCAUGGGGUAUUGCAAGAAGAAUUGCAGUAAUCCGUAGCAGUAUUUGGGUGAUAGUUUUAAUGAUUUUAGAU